UAAACAAGUACACUUACGUGCAAAGCUAUUUUUCUUUUUCGCAUCUUUGCGCCGAGGGCAUGAUGGGAAAUGUAGUACUUGGCGACAGGAAAGCAUAACGUACAACCUUUUACCGUUUUACUUGAAAAACAUCUGGUUUGGGCUUGAGAAAAUACUGGUACACUGUCUGGUAUAAAACUGGUCGUGUAAAUAUCCUGCCUUUAAAAAAAAAAUAAUAAUAAUAAUAAUAAUAACACGAUUUCGAUUCGAAGUGAAAUGAUUACAAAUUUCCGCUAGACGGCAGUGUUACAAUGCAAUUGAUACUGUACCUCCCUUAGCCAUCACAUCUAAAAUAAAGUUACACGAGUAACGAAUGCAGACAGUGUCAUUAUAUUUAUAUUCCAUCUACCCAUUGCCUGAAUUUAAUUUACAAUAUAAUAUAUGAACAAAACAACGAGUCACUUUGAUUGUUUUUUAUUGGGUUAAACCGUUUAUACAGUAUCAUUCGCUUGGUGCUAUUUUACCUGGCCAGCUGUCAUUCCAGACUCUCCCCACGCCCCAUUUGUGACGCAAAGUAGGAUGUCUCGGGCGUACAAGCUUGGCCUGACCCAGCAGGACCUGGACUUCACUUGUGCUCUGUUCUCUGUUGCAAAAUGCGAGACGCGCCACUCACGUUUGCAAGAGCCGCUCACGGGACCACACGGACACUCGCAGAAUACAUUGGAGACCCCUCUAACCACUCCGCGGACUGGAUUUAAUGCAGAAAAGUCGCAUCUGGAGACUCAAGUUGAACGUUGGGGGAUAAUCGCGUGGAGUCCUUUUUGGAAACGCAAUUACGCACGGGAAUUCUCAAACCAAUGCCAGCGCAUGAGUUGUGCAUGACUUUUCUUAAUUCCCACGGCUGCCCUCAUAGUUGCGGUGAAUCCUAGCAGCGGGCCUCUCUUUCUAUCGCCCCCUCGAUGUGGGCCGGAGGACUCCCGGCCGCCGUGGCCGUGACCCUUCUGCUGGUCACCAUCGACGUGCAGGCCAGCGGUGAGUACUGCCACGGUUGGCACGACGCCCAGGCAGGGUGGAAGGAAGGCUUCCAGUGCCCAGAGAAGAUAGAUGGCGUGGACGCCAUUAUUUGCUGCGGAAAGUGCGAGCUGCGUUACUGCUGCUCCAGCACGGACGCGCGGCUGGACCAGGGCAGUUGCGACAACGACAGGCGGGCCCUGGAACCCGGGGCCGAGGGCAGAGAGACCAAGGACUCCGAUGCAGUUCCCAUCUACGUCCCAUUCCUCAUCGUGGGUUCGGUGUUCGUGGCCUUCGUCCUGGUGGGCUCGGUGGUGGCCAUGUGCUGCUGCCGCUGCCUGCGCCCCAAGCAGGAGCUGGCGUCAGCAGCGGGCGGCGGCACCGCCGCCGGUGGCCGUCUCCUGGAGACCAUCCCCAUGAUGUCCAGCUCCGGCACCUCCAGGGGCUCGUCGUCGCGCCAGUCCAGCACCGCCACGUCGUCCAGUUCCUCCGCCCCGUCCGCCGCCAACGCCCGUCCGGGGGCCCUGGCGGUCCGAGCGCAGGCCUCCUGCUGCCUGCCGCCCGACGCCAGCGUCUUCGUCAACAUGCCCACCAACUUCUCGGUUCUCAACUGCCAGCAGGCCACGCAGAUCAUGCCCCACCAGGGACAGUUCCUGCAUCCGCAGUACAUUGGCUACGCCCAUCCGGUGUCCCCCGCUUUUAUGGACCCCAACCAAGGCGGGUACAGACCCCUCCAGUCCCCUUGCCCUCCCCCUCAAGCCGGAGUCUCCAGUGAGCAGAAAUACCCCCCAGUGACGGUGUGACGACCCGUCAAGCUCCACCUGAGCGGCUUCCGGUGCGUUCGUAGGACUCCCGGUGUUCGGUGUCGCCAGUGAGCCGAGCUCAGCUUACAAAUGUGGGCUCCGGAAUACUUGCAAGUAUGAAAGAUUUGUGUGUUUGUAGCAGCGAUGACUGGGGUGAUUUAUGCCGCCGCGCGUUAGCAAGGCGUGCGCGUGCGUGAUGACAAGCGCAGACGGUCUCCCCGCGGACUCUUUAAGCGCUAAUGAAGUGAGCGAGGCGCACGGACCGUGACGCUCCAGAAUGUUUUUCCCGACGCCGCCCCGGCGUGAGAAAGCGCCGACGUCACCCAAAGGUACGCUUUGAAGACGAUACCCCCCGCACGCAACCCCCCCCCCCCCCCUCGAGGUGUGUUACUGGAUUUAACACUAGCACAGUUGAGUGCGUGUGGCGAGAAAGCAAGCAGUCGCCCGUUGCCUUCGAAAUGCAGGAAUGUGCACUCAGCUUGUGCUGUUGGUGGUGCGCAGGUGCCAAUUUUCAUAUCAACAUGGAACGAAAUAAAAACAAAAACUGUCAUUUGCAA